AUGGAAGCGAGGCGCGGUGCUAGUCCCGGCGACCGCAGGGAGUCCAGCGAAAUGUGUCCCCAGGGAUUGCUGGUGUUCACCGGCUCUUCAGAAAAGGACGCGAACUUGGCCAAGCAGUUUUGGAUCACGGCGUCCAUGUACCCCCCUAACGAGUCCCAGCUGGUGCUGUCGGGGUGCAGCAGCCAGCGCCUGCCGGUGGCGGGGUCCUCCCGGAGCAGCGCGGCUGAGAAAGGUUACUUGCAGUCUUUUUGUCCCAAGAAAAACAAGGGUACAGAUGCCAUUGCUGAAACCCUACAGAUUGAGGAGAGAAAAAAGUAUCUGGAAAAGAUGGCCACCUUCUCGAUCAAGACCAAACCCUUCAAUGUGGCAUUCAAGUUCCUUUCCAAUCUGACCAUGACCUGA